AUGAAGUUUUCCAAUAUCGUUAGAUAUCCCAAUGGCGGGCUGAAAGAACUCUCUCAGUCAAAUUACAAAGAUUACCAAGCUGAUAAGACUCAUUACCUCAGCACUAAGAAGUUAGGCUAUUCCGGCUUGAAAUGAAGAAGGAGGUCAGAAGGAGCCAAGAGCACAUUACCAUUUAGCUACAUUGACCUGAAACAGAAGUUCAAUAAUAUGUUUCAAAAAGUUUCUGAAACAAAUUAGAAAUUCUUCAAAUCUAUCGAACAAUAAAGGAAAAAAUUCGAGGUCAAAGAUGUUUGAUGAGAUCCAACAGAAGUUGAAAGGGAAGAGAAGGCUAAGUGUGAUCAGCCUAGAGCCUUCUACAAAUAUUCAAGGGGAUAAGAAAUCAGAAUCAAAGAAAGGUCGUAGAGAUGUCACUAAGGUGAAAUUUAGAGGGUCUUCCUCAGUUCAAGAUAAAAGCGAAGCUUUAGGUAAUAAACAUCAAUCUAGUGGAGGAUUUGUUUAUAAAAGUGCUAAAUAAAGUUCCAUUCUUCACUCCAAGAAAUUUGAGCCAGGACAGAAUAUCUGUGGUUGACAUAAACAAACUCCCAGAAAUCAAAUUGCCUCAAAAAUCAACUAGAACUUGCCAACAUUCUUUAAUAGAAGUUGAGGAUGAGCCAGCUGCUGGAAUGCCAAAAGAGAAACAGACUCGGCUUCACUUAAUUUUGCUUAAAUUUAAAGAGGACCUCAAAGAAAACUCUGAAACAGAGUUUCCACCCGAAUUACAGUUAAUGAUGCAUGAUCCUCUAAUUCAGAAAUUCAUUGAAAUUGAGAUCAUUAAUCCACCUGAAAAAUCUCAAACAAUCCCAGAAAAGACCAGAUUCAGUAGAACAAUUCCAGUUAAAUUGACCAGACAGACAAUCAGUGAUGUUCACGAGCAAGAAUCUACAGAAAUAUUAACCCAAAAUACCUCAAACCUCAGAUUUCCAUACAAGACCCGAACCCACCCCCACUCAAAACCCAAUUCAAACCCCAAAAUCCUUCACAAAGCUACUCUAAACCCCAAACCUCACCAAAACAACAUUCACAAAAAAUCCGCAAAACCUCUCCCAAAACCCAGUUCCAAUCCCUCCCAGAAUCAACCAAAUUGAUUAAAAGAUCACUGACAAGAUAUGUUAGGCCUAUCCGGAGGAAACAUCGCUGCAUGACAUAAAGCCCAAGCCGGGACUGAUGUCAGGCAGGAGAUUAUAGUAAGCAAGUAGUGAAGACUUAAAGUGAGAAAAAUCAGCAAAAGCCAUAUUUCCAAAAAGCCUUAUGUUCCAGGUCUCCUUAUAAGCCAAGGAGAAAUUGAAAAUAAGAGCAAGGAUGAAAAGAAAGAGCUGGUAAAGAAAAAUUUAAGUGGGAAAGGAGAUAUUGAGAAACACCAUCCGCUUCCCUCAAGCCCACCACACAAGCCUAAUCCUUCACGACCAAAAGAGCCACAACCAAAAUUAGCAGAAAGAAAAAUUACCGAACUGACCAAGCACGAAGAACCAAAAGCUGCAAAUGACAAGAAGGAUUUAGGACCAGGAGAUGUCAAAUAAAGAGCAAAACUUAGAUAAAAAUUUGUUGUCACCAAAUGCUGAUCUUAACUUUAACAAGAACUUCUCCUCGCACUCUUCUCUAUCUUCUCUUGCAGAAGCCACAGAGUUCCGAUCUGCUGCCUCCACAAGCAACUUAAGAGAGAUUCCAAAUGGUAAAGAUAGAAGAUUCAACUCUCCAAGGAGAAUAAAAUAAGCCAACUUUAAAAAGUGUCAGAAAGGAGGAUCCCAAACAAAGAUCAGAUAAACCAUCUGAAAGCAAGAGGCCCAAGGAGCUAGACUUGGAAAGAAUUGAUUACAAAAAUAUUGAUCCAUUAAGUCCUAAUCUUAGUGUGACUAUUGUGACGCCAAAGACGUCUAAAAAUAAGCCCAUGAAAACCCUUUCUUCUUUUACCAAAUAAAUCGAAAGGUAAAAGAUCCAGAAAAACAACAACUCCAUCGUUAAAAAGAAUUGAGAAAGAAAUGGAGAGCAUCAAAGAAGCUAGAGAGUCUAGUCCUGAUAGGACAGAAGCAUUGAAAGAGAUCAAGUUUGAGCUGACUCAAGGAGAGCCCACUCCUAAGAAAAGAAAAAUCUCCCUUGAAAACUUAGAAGUGAAACUUAUAGAACCCAAACCAAAAUGCAAAAGUAUGAUCGACCAUGCAUCAGAAAACUCAAAACAAAGUGAGCUUUCAGGAAACAGAACAGAAGUGGACAAGGUUUGACCUGCCUUUGGGCAAAAAGACAAAACUAGAAGACUGUCUAACACUAAAGCUCUGGCAUUGGAGAAGCUUGUCAAGAACUUUAACAAGACUACCAAGUCUAAAGAUUAUGAUUCCAUCAUUGACGCAAGAAAGAAGCAGAGAUUGUCCCAUAUUAAGAAGAAGAUUGAGCCACAGAAGGAUAAUAACAUAGAAAGCAUCAUGGACACAUUCAAGUUAAAAGAAGAUGAACGGCUCAGAAAAAUGACUUGGAACCAACAAAAAUAAAGUUCUGGAUAUUAUAUAUAAAAGGUUCAUGGUGAGGGAUAAUUCUCUAAAGCAUAUGGAAAUGUACCUCAGAAUCUGCUACAUCAUUGAGAAGGUUGGCUUUGCCAACUUACAAAAGUGAGAGAAUCUCCUACUUGAUGUUGAUAAUAAGUAUGACCAGAUUGUAUUAUGGAUCAAUAAAGUUGAGAGAAUUUACUUCCUUGAAGGAUUCCUGAAGGAGCAAUAAAAACUAAAAUUAAGAA